GCAACUGAUGCGUGUGAAUACACGUUGGUCUAGUAAAACAGUGCAAAGAUAACUUGUAACAUCAUAUAAUUGAGUGUGUGUUUUUAAAAAUAUGCCUGAUGUGAAAUUGAAUCGUUUCUUGGACUGAGAGGAUAAAAAAAAUAUAUAUAUGUAUAUAAAUGUAUCUGACACACGCAGAAACAGCCAAGAAUAGCCUCGUUAAGUUUGCGGGAACAGAUGAUUAGGCGUCGGCCGACCACUGCCGUCAAAAGCACGACGAAAGCUAAAGAGUUUGCCGGCGGCGGUAAGAGCAGUAAGGCCGGCAAAGGGGAGACGACGGCGCUGAGCCGGAAAGAAAGCGACGAGAGCAGCGAUAGAGAGACGGAGGAAAAUUACAAUCCAGAUGCCUUGGCCAAGCAAAAUUACGAGUUGCGUCAUCGUCUGGAGGAAGAGGCGGCGAGCUACAAGAGGAGACUGGACACGUAUCGGCAAGCACAGCAGCACCAAGCGGCCCUCGUCUCGCGUCUACAGGCCAAAGUACUGCAGUACAAGCAGCGAUGCUCGGAGCUGGAGAGCCAAAUGUCGGCGUCGCUCCCGGCCGAGGGGGAUCGGCUGUUGGCCGGGAGCUCCUACGCGGGGCAGUUACUGUUGCAGCACCAGCUGCGGGAAGAACAGAUCACCGAUCUCGAGACGGCCCUGAGGAAGCUCGCCGAGGAGAGGACCAGGUGCGAAAAACUCGCGGAGCUGAACUCUAGUCUGAAGGACCAGCUGGAGGAGUCCCACCAGACGAACGAGGCCCUGACGAGCGACCUGCAAAAGCUGAGCAGCGAGUGGGACGCGCUGCGGGAGGAGAUGUCGGCCCGCGAGGAGGAGUGGAAGGAGGAGGAGAUGGCCUUCAACGAGUACUGCAGCUCCGAGCACGGCCGGCUGCUCAACCUGUGGCGCGACGUAGUCUCGGUCAAGCGGCUCUUCUCCGAGAUGAAGUUCGCCACGGAGCGCGACCUCGCCAAGAUGCGGGGCCAACUCGACGCCACGCUCGGGGAGACGGUUGCCGCCUGCAGCAGCACGGGCUUCCUCCUCAAGCUCCAGGCGGCAGCUGCCGCGGCCUCCAUCGUGCCCCCCCGAGUCGACGAGACCUCCCGGCCCACCGAGGGGGCCAAGGACCUACAGGAGAGACUCGACGCCGCCCUGGCCGAGGUCCGCGCCAGGGACGAGAGGAUACGCCACCUCGUGGCCGAGGCCCAGAAGCUGGAGGAGAGGUGCUCGGAGUUGGAGGCGAGCGCGAGCCAGAGGCCGAGGCUGCAGGAGGACCUGGACGUGCUGCAGUCGGCCCUGCGGGACAUUGCCCACACGGUGAUACAGGACGCCGAGGCUCGUGACUUCCAGGCGCUCGUGCCCCACGUCCACUUGAGCCCGAGCGUCGUCGUGGCCGGGCCGUCGACCGGCAGCCUCAAACGACGAGCCGCCGGCAACGCGACCCCCGCCUUCGCCGAGAGCACCAUCAGCGCCGUCCAGGCGGCCCUCCACAAGUACCAACUGACUAUUCACGAGCUACAGGUAAAGGUUCAAACGAGCAAGGAGCAGCUGGGAGUGUCGCGCAAGCAGUCCGAGGGACUGGAGGAGCGCGCGGGCGCGCUCGAGGAGCGGCUGGGUCAGCUCGUGGCCGAGUUGGACGGCACGCGGUCGGAGAUCUCGCAGCUGAGCCAGGAGAGGGAGCUGCUGCAAAAGGCCCUGGACGGCUCGAGGGCCGAGAAGCUGGGGGCCGAUAGGAGUAGGCUCGAGUGCGCGGGUAGCCUGGACAGUCUCGGCGCGGAGCGGGACCGGCUGGAAAAGCUCAACGGGAGACUGGAAAAGGCUUGCCGGGGCCUCGAGGACGACAAGUCGUACCUGCAGGGGGAGCUCGAGCGCGUGAGCAAAGAGUGCGGCCUCAGGGAGGGCAGCUUGCGCCUCGAGGAGGAGCGCUCGAGUAGACUGCGCGAGGAACUGCUGGCCGCCCGCGAGGAACUCGACAGGGUCCAAUUGGCCAGGGAGGUGCUGGAACAGCAGGGCUACGAGGGCGAGGGCUACCUGGCACGGGCGGAAAAGGCCCGGGCCGAGCUGGAGGUGGAGCUGGAGAGGGCCCUGCUGGAUGGAUCGGAGCUGCGGGAGGCCCUCGAGAAGGUUCAGGGGGCGCGGUCGAGCGCGGAGCGGGAGGCCGGCCGGCUGCAGGAGGAGCUGAGAGCCGCGACGGAGGAGAGGGUCCAGCUGGGGGGCCAAGUGGCCGACCAACUGAGCGACCUUGCCUCGUUGCGCAAGGAGCUGCUGCAAGCCGAGCAGGCACGGCUGGACUUGGACUCGGAAAAAGUGGUGGCACUCGAGCGGGCGCGCUUCCUCGAGCUCGAGAAGGACAAGCUCGAGAUGGAGCUGGCCCAGGCUAGCCGCGAAAGGGCCGACCUUAGCAACCAGCUCGCCGCUCUGGCGAGGAAGCGCGAGAGCCUAGCUGAGGAGCUCGCCCGAACGAAGCAGCGGCUGGAGCAGGCGAGCGAGAUGAACGCGAGGAUCAACCGGAGCCUCGAGGAUCUCGUGAAGGAAGCCGAGGAGAAGCAGGUGUUGUUGGAAAACGGGGACAAGGAGGCCCAAAGGCUGCAGGAGCUGUUGACGUCGGUGCGGGGCGAGAAGGAGGCGCUGGAGGCCGUGUUGUUCGACGCCCAGGGCAACUUGGAGGCCAGCCACGCGAAGAGGGCCCAGCUGGAGAAGGAGCAGCAGGAGCUGCUGAUCAAGCAGGAGUCCCUGAAGGGCCAGGUGCAGAGGUUGACCAGGGAGGUGGAGAACAGCGAGAAGCACGCGCGGGACGUCAAGCUGAGCCUCACGCAGCUCGCCGAGAAGCAGGAGACCGAGUUCCAGGCCGUGCUCGCGGGCCUCAAGAAGCAGAGCGAGGAGGCCCUCAGGAGGCUUCACGAAGAAAAGGAACAGACGAAGGUGGCGCUGGAAAAGAAGCUGCAGCAAAACCUCUCCCAGCUGGGCCAAGAGAGGAACAACGAAGUGGCCCAGCUGAACCAGAGGAUCGAGGAGCUGCAGCACCACAUCGAGAACAUAUGCCAACAGCACGAGGAGAUCCUCCUCAGAGCGGAGAACGACAAGCAGCAGGCCCUCCUGAUCGCCCACCAAGACCAGCAAGUCCUGGUGGAAAAGCUGGAGAACACGUGCCGGGAGCUGGAGGGGGAGAAGGAGAGCGCCGAGCGGUUCAAGCGGGAGGCGGCGUCGCACGCCGAGCAGGAGCGCAACGGCAUGAACAAAAUGCGCGACGAGCUCAACAGGAUCAAAAGCAAACUGGACGAAGCGAGGAUCCGCGGGGAGGAGGAAAAGCUCAAGCUGGAGCUGAAAAUCGAGGAGGUGAGGAGCGAGAGGGAGAGCGCCCUUAAGGAAAUGGAGGAGCUCCACGUGCAGCUCCACAUAUCGGAGGACAGGGUAGACGAGCUUCACGGGCAGCUUCAGGAGACCAACCGCAAGCUCAAGGAGGCCGAGGUGGCGAUAGAAAAUUCGCGGAAGGAGGUGGUGGACGUGCGCCGGCAGCUGACCGACUCGAACUUCGAGAAGGACAAGUACAGCAACAACAACCGGGAGCUGAGGGAGCGGGUGAAACAGGUCGAGGGGGAGAAGCGGGAGCAGGCGCGCGCCCUCGAGGAGCUCAUGCAGAAGCUCGCGGGCUUCGAGGAGGCAAAGUUGGCGCUGGAAGGGGACAGGAGCCGCCUGCAGAACAACUUGCGCGAAACCGAGAGGGAAGUGCUGCAGUUGCAGCAACAGCUCAGGCUCGCGCAGGAGGAGCUUGAUAAAGCUCAGGGCGCCAAUUCCCUGGCGCAGAGCGCCGAAAAGGAGCUGCAAGCUCGUCUCGCCAGUGAGACCGAGGAGCGGGAGCGUAUGCAGCUCCAGCUGCACCAGAUGAAGAAACAGACGGUGGAUCUGGACAACAACCUUGAGGCGACGCGCCAGGAGCUGGGCAAACUGCGGUCCCACAUGGACGAGGAGGACGAGCGAUCCCGGGGCCGCGAGCAGGAGCUGCACGCCCGGCUGGAGGAGGGCCGUUGCCGCGAGCGCAAACUCGAGGACCACAAGCACAACCUCGAGGUAUGCCUGGCCGACGCGUCGCAACAGCUCCAGGAGCUCAAGGCCCGCCUCGGGGGCUCGGAAGGCCGGGUGCGCGCCCUCGACUCCCAACUGUCGCAAAUGGAGGCCCAAAAGAGGGAGGCCGAGCAAAAGCUCAGCAGCGUCCUCCUCAUACUCAGGAGGAUCGCCGGCGUACAGUUCGACGGCAGCCUCGGCUUGCCCUUCAAGCUCUCGGGACCCGCCAGGCGCUACAGCCCCGUGCGGGUGCCGGAACACUCGGACGGCAACCGCGAGCUCAUCGUCGACGUCGACCCCGAGGCGGUCAGACGGGGCGUCAAGGCCCUCAUGCAACAGGUGGCGCAAAUCGAGCGCGAACGAGACGACUACAAGACCGAGGUGGGCGGCAUGAAGAAGCAGUUGGUCGAGGCCCAAGAGAGCCAGAGCAAGAUCGACGCGAAGCUGAGCAGCGUGCAAAAGAGCCUGCGAAACCUGCAGGACGAGAAGAACGCCCUGGAGGCGAAACUCGGGCAAAAGCAGGCGCUCCUCCAGGGUGAGAUGGAAAAGGUGCAGGAGAAGAGCAGCGAGGUCGAGCGUCUCCGGGAGAGGGUCGCGAGCCUCGAGAUGGCGAUAAGCACCGAGUCCGAGUCCAAGAGCCAGUGCGAAGACAGAGUGGAAAAGCUGAAGCAAGCCAUCGCGAAGCUCGAGAGCGAGAGGCGGAUGCUGAAGGACGAGUUGGGCAAGAGCGAGAACCGGGCCACGCAGAUGGAGGUGCACCGAAUGUCCCUCGAGGGCGACCUCCAGAGGCUGCAGAUGAUCAUACAGGAGAAGGACGCGAGCGGCCAGAAAGUGCAAGAGCGUUGCGAGGCGCAGGCUCGAGCGAUAACCAGCCUGGAGGAGAGGUGCGGCUCCCUGAAGAACACGAUCGAGCAGAUGAACCACUCGCUCGAGAAGGCCUCGAGCACCGAGACGGAGCUCAAGGCCGAGAUCAACGGCCUGCACAGGAACCUCAUCGAAGUAAACGCGCACUCGCAGAGCGACAGCGACAAGAUCAAGCAGCUGCAGAGGCAGUUGUCGGGGGUGGAGAGCGAGCGUCGGGUGCUGGCCGAGCGACUGGAGAGCCUCCAGCAGAGCUUGAACGAGCUGCGGCACGCGAACCAACUGAUGAGCGACCAGAACAGCCGGUUGCAGAGCGACGUGGCCAACAGCGAGAUAUUACGCUCGGGGCUCGAGUCGCAGCUGAGGCUGUCGAGUUGGCCGCGCGACGCUGCCCUACUCGACAACCGGGACGAGGAGCUGCUCAGGCAGUUGCAGACCGCCCAACGCGACCGCAACGAGCUCAAGGCCAAGGUCGACGCCCUCACUGACAAGGUGAAGGCGCUCGAGAAGGAUAAGCGCAGCCUGGAGCGGCAGAUGUCGACCGCGCGCUCGAGCAGCUUCCGUAGUAAGAGUUACGAGCGCCACCAGGAGAAGCCGCAAGCCGAGGCCAUCGGUAGUUACGAGCAACAGCUGGAGCAGGAGAACCGGGAACUGCGCGCCAGGAUCCGCAGACUCGAGUCCCAGUUGGUGGAGCGCGAGGCCGAGAUCGGCCGGCUUAGGUCCCAAAUCUCCCACUCGCACUCGACGCUAGACCGUAGCGGCGAACUCGAGCGCUACCGGGCCGCGCAGCUGCAGGCCGAGAAGCUGCUCGAGGCCAGGGAGCAGAGCCACCGCCAGCAGGUCAUCCGGCUCGAGAGCCAGAUCCACUCGCUGCGAGAUCAGCUGAACGAGGAAAUCAAACGCCGACAGCUCUACGUGCUCAGGAGUUCGCGGGCAGGUAGGGAGAUGCAGCAGCUGCGCCAGGCCCUGGGUGACUCGUUGCGGACGGUGGCGCAGGAGCCCUCGUUGGACGCGGUGUUGCUCGAGCACGAGGCUCGCAAGCUCGACUGCACGGUCAAGAGCAGCCAGCCCCUGAGCAGUUUGCCGGCUACCCUGGCCCUGCCACCACCGCCCUCGGACCACCACCGGCGCUCCCGCUCGCCCGCGCCGUCAUCUACCUCCUUCGUCAAUUGAGCGGGCGACGAGGAGACACUGCCUAUUACACCAACUGCCGUCGACUCUAUUAUGUCAUUGUAUCGCGUUCGGAGAUUUUUUUUCUUUUCCUUGUUUUUUAACAGAUUUUUUAGGUAAAUCGAGUAGCUGUAGGUGGAAAGUAUUUUAACGAUUGUUACCGUUUUAUAUACAAGAAUUAGAUGUAUGUUUAUCGUUGUUUUUUUGUUUUGUUGAGUUUCAUCGAUGUCAUCUCCGGUUUUUUACUAGUACACCCAAUGCACAUUUCUCUUGAUUGUCGUGAUGUGUACGUGAACGAGAAUCAUUGGAGUGCUGUUGAAUGCAUUGAUCGGAUCUUACCGAUUGAUGACGUAUAGUGCACGUAUAUGUUUAUCAAAUCAUAGGUAUUAUUAUAAUUAUAUAUUGCGCACAAUUGAUAAUACAAAGCAUCUACGACGUAGAAUUAUUUACUCCAUAUAUUACAAUUGGUUAUUGUUUUAUUAUAUCUCGAAUAAGUAUAUAUUUAUAUAAGUGAAGUAUUUAACUAAAAAGAAACAGUAGAAAAUAUAUGGUUAAUGAUGCAGUACUUUCUUUCUUUGGUCUCGUAGAAGAGACCAAAGUGGACAAAACGCGAUCACUACUCGCAGAGAAAGUAAAAAAUAUAUAAGUAGUAGAUUACAAGUAACGUAAUACAAGGUGAAGUGAAGAAAAAUGAUACCGCGCGUCCAUAAGAUUUCACGGUCUUUUGAAACCUUUGAAAUUAUUGUAAUUGCCGUCCAAUAAUGCCGAAAGCUCGACUUGCAUGAGAUGUGUAGAACUUACAGAAAACACGUUUAAUGAACUAGCCGCCGCCGUAUGCAAUGUAGCGGCUACCGUAUAUGUCAUAUAAAUACCCAAUAUGUAACCAUGAAGCAGUAAUGGAUUGUGUCAGUUCUCUUUUCAUUGAGAAUAUCUAGACAAACAGUCCAGCCGAUCGGCGUGAACUUGCAGAUUGCGGAUCAUGAAUUAUUUAUAAUCAUACAUAUAGUACCUACAGGUAGUCAAAUGACGAGGACGUUGUUACGUUGACGGUGAU